CUUGGGGAUCAGGAGCAGGCCUUGGAAUUCUGUCCCUCUCUGCCUUCAUUUGGCUUUACAUGCACUGAGGAUAUUCUUGAAUCCACUUUGAGGAUCCUGAUGGUGCUCCGAGUAAGAGUAGCCCUAAGCUCCUUUUAACUUAAGCUAGUGAAAGGAAUACAUAGUGCUGAUUACAGGUGCAGCGGGGGUGGGAGGGGAUUUUGUGGGGAGAGAUUAUGUGGGAUUCCAUGGUCUGUUUCUGCUCCCUAAACAUCAGUUAACCGUAUGCACUGGCUAGGGGUGUGUGAACUGGUCCAGUUAAACUCGAAUUGGGGUGUGUCGAGUGGACCAGGUUUGAACCGGUCUAGCCCUCCCAAAAGGGGAUGCUGGCCCGAAUUUGAACCAGACUGGUUUGGGGGUCUAUUCAUAAAGGGGAAUCUGGUGAGGAUUCCCCUUUUUUACGUGUAAAGGGGCAGGGGGGCUUCCUAGACCUAGAAGGUGUAGGAGGGGAGUCAGGGCUUCUUACUUUCACUGGCGAUGGCAGCUCCCCCCUACCCCUUCCAGCCUCCUCCAGAGUAGCCUGAGCUGGCUGUGAACGGUUUCGGGCCUCCACAGACACCCAAACUGCCAGCCCAGGCUACCCUGGAGGAGGCCAGCAGUGGGGUGGGGAGGGGGCUGCCACUGAAAGUAAGUAGCCCUGACUCCACUCCUGUACCCCCGAGGUCUAGGAGACCCCUUGCCCCUUUACUUGUAAAGGGGAAUCCUCACUGGAUUCCCCUUUACAAGUAGACCCCAGAGCCAGUCUGGCAGUUGAACCGAGCUGGGUCGGUUCGAAUUUGAACCAAACUGGCCUGGCCAGUUCCGUGUACAUUUUUAGCACUGGCCCUAGCUUUUUUCCACUUGCAUGUUGUUCCAUUUUAUGCAGUGGGUUGGUUAUGAUGAUAGAUCUACACACUCCCCAAAACUGUAGAACCAGGCAUCAACACAUGUAUCUUUCAACAUUAGUUCCUGGUUGACAAGAUAGUUUUCUGAUGGUUUGCUGCAUUUUAAAAGUUCAAGUAAGAGACAGAAAAGAAGUCCAGUGACUCAAAUGCACACAGUUGAAUCAGAAGCUUUACCUAGCUUUUCAGUGCAAUAAAUAUCCAUGUAUACGGAUAUGAUAGUGUUAAUAAAAUCCAAAUGUUAUAUACAUUAUAUAAUAUGUAUUGUAUAUAACAUUUGUAUAUGAACACAUCCAUGAUUCUGUGUUUUUCUGUUCAGGUAUUAAACAGUGAUAGGCCAGCUGGAUUAAUGUUUGGGAAAGUAUACACUAUGAAGUUUGAAACAAAGACUUCUUCUUCUGGCACUGUUCAGGGAGAUUUCAGGAUGCAAGGGAAGGAAAAAGCAUACUUCUUCCCAUUGUCCAAAAACUUCUCUUCCCUCCACCUGUUGUAUAGCAAUAAAGUACUCGGGAAGCCCAUUCUGUGAGCACUAUACGGCAGUGCAACUGAAUGAUUCAGGAAGGAAAGAAUUGGAGGUGGGGGGAAGUACUCAUUUUCCUCCCCACCCAAACCUGCUGUUCCAGAAAUUCCCAACAGUGCACUUCAAGACAUUCCACUUUUAUUUCGAGCCCUGAAAUUCUCUUUGAAUUCCUCUUCCUUUGCUAGGGAUGUAGAGAACUGUCUCUUUGGAAGAACGCUGAACUUCCCUUCAAGUUCCAUAUGAAAUGGCAUUUCUCCACAUUCCUAAUCUGCACUACUGCAAGACUUCUUUCUAGGCAACUAGAGCCCUGAGCAAGAACCCUCCACUUACUGCCUAUGAAUCCACUGCAGCACUUUGUUGCAGAUUUUGUGUGUUUGCAAUGUAAUUCUUGGGUUUCAGGACAUCUGCCACUGAAAAAGACGAAGUCUUGGCCCUGAUAUUCAUCUAUUACACUCUUUAGGUAUAGUGCUAUGGUUGCUGCUGCCUCUGUACUUGCUCGCAUAUUAGUUGGGAGUGGUGGUGGUGUCAUCAGUUUAUAAAAUAUGUAUCCUCCCAUCUAGCAGAAUGUUGGCCACCAUUAAAUAAACUAAACACUGCCCUCCCACCCAAUUUAAAACUAUAUCCUAAAAACCUUGACAUAAUGAUAGCAGCAGAGGCAGUGGAACUCAAGACAAGAUGGAACCAAUUUCAGCUGAUGUUAUAAAGGGUCUGAGAACUUUUAAAAAUCCUUUGGUUCCAAAAAGGCACUCUAAACACAGGGCACUACUAUAGAAGAAAGCUCUCAUCCUCACACCUCAGGGGCAUUCACAAGAGGGAUUGUUUUUUUGUUUUCACUAAGAUCUCAGUUUCUGGGCAGGCAGGCUGAAAAAUUCAGUCCUUCAGAUACCAAGCACCUGAGCUAUUUAGGCUUUAAAGGUAAGCAUCAGCACUAUUUGCUUUAACAGACAGGCAGCCAACGAAGUUGUCAUAAUGUGUUCCCUGAAGCCAGUCCCUGUUCAGAACACAACAGCUUGGCUACUAACUACAGUUCCCAAGUAGCGCUCGUGGGCAGCCCAGUGUGUUAUCACACUAAUCUAGAUGUCCAGCUAGAGGAUGUUUUUAUGGCUUAUGUGGCGCCCUGCUGUAAACUACUUGAGGAGUCAUUGCUGGAAAUGCAUGCCAAGCUGUUCUUGCACUCCUUCAUCCUGCUACUUUUGUCCCCACCAAGGCAGAACUUGUGGUUUGUGGUCUCCCAUUUUCAUCGUCUCUUAAGGUGCAUGUAUCACAAGGCCCCAUGAAAAGGCAAAAACGCAGUUUUACGACAACUGAAACUUAUCUGAGCUGGAAGUAUAAUUAAUUGAAGAUGAUCUAAUCAAGGACCACUCAUGGUGCCAUGUUCUACAUUAGUUCUUGGUGCCCAGUUCUUUUUUCAUUGUUGAGGGAAGCGGGGGUGUAUUUUGAGAUUGACAUUGCGAAAGAAGGUAGAGUUAAAGGAUUUUUAAAGAAAAAAAAUUGAGGAAAUGAAAGCAGAUGACUAUAGCAGAAGGAUACAGCUGCAGCCCAGGCAUAAAGGCACAGAAAGCAAGCAUGGCUCAGCAUGGAACUUGUGGGUUGUGGUCUCCCAUUUUCAUCGUCUCUUAAGGUGCAUGUAUCACAAGGCCCCAUGAAAAGGCAAAAACGCAGUUUUACGACAACUGAAACUUAUCUGAGCUGGAAGUAUAAUUAAUUGAAGAUGAUCUAAUCAAGGACCACUCAUGGUGCCAUGUUCUACAUUAGUUCUUGGUGCCCAGUUCUUUUUUCAUUGUUGAGGGAAGCGGGGGUGUAUUUUGAGAUUGACAUUGCGAAAGAAGGUAGAGUUAAAGGAUUUUUAAAGAAAAAAAAUUGAGGAAAUGAAAGCAGAUGACUAUAGCAGAAGGAUACAGCUGCAGCCCAGGCAUAAAGGCACAGAAAGCAAGCAUGGCUCAGCAUGGAUCUACAGAUGAACAGGAAGAAGACUACUCAAAUGAAGUCGUACUCUCUUCUCUUCGUCUCCGGGUGCUUCCAUCUGAAAUCCUGCAGAAGAGUGGCAUUGAGAGCUUGAAUUUGGACCGGAACAAGCUAAAACAUCUCACUGGGAUUUCAAAGCUUUGCAACCUGAAAAAGCUGAUUUUGUCUAAAAAUGAUAUUGCAAACUUCCCAGAGGAAAUCAGGAACUUGGUCCAUCUGGAGAAGCUGGAACUCAAUCAGAACCAAAUCCGAGAAAUCCCAGAGGGUGUAUUUUCUUGUUUUCUCAAGUUAAAACACCUACGACUGAACAACAACCUACUAGAUAGCCUUCCCAAAGACCUGGCUACCUGCAGUGGCAGCCUCCAGUACCUCAAUCUGUCCGACAACUUCUUUAUAACCAUCCCAUUGGUGAUCCUGAAGCUCAAAAGACUGGAGGAGUUUUACAUACAGAAUAAUAUACUGCUGCAGCUUCCUGUGGAGUUGUUCAAAGAACUCCCACUGAAGGUAUUCGAGGUCAGCAGGAACCCACUGAGGGAGCCUCCAUAUGAAGUCUGUGCUGGAGGCAUCAGGCAGAUCAUAACCUACUUCAACUGCCUGCAGAACUGCCAAACUGAAGAGGACAGGAGAAUCAAGACCAUGUUCCUGGGGGCAUCCUUGGCAGGGAAGUCAACCAUCUGCAAAAGCCUGAAGAAAAGGCAAAGUGUUCGAAUGUUGGAGGAAGAGCGGACAGUUGGGAUUGAGAUAAGUGAAUUCCAUCUCCAAGGCUUCACCUUUCUCUUUUGGGACUUUGCUGGCCAGCUGGAAUACUAUAUGACCCACCACAUGUUCAUCACCCCACAGGCCCUGGUCAUCUUGGUCAUUAACUUUCAGCAAUACCAGCUCAGCAACAACUCCUUCAGUGAGCUAAUUGGAUUUUGGAUCAACAAUCUUCUCAUGCGAGUGCCUAAUUCUGUGGUCCUCCCCGUUGGAACCCACAUAGAUGCCUGUGCUGAGAGGGAGGUUGAAGAAAAGAAACGGGACAUCAUGACUAAGAUGCAGGCCAUGCUAGAGGAGCGAAAGACCAACUUAACCCACUUUAUUGCCAACUUGGAGGGUAUUGAGGAAUCUGAGUAUUAUGUGGAUCAGUGGAAUAGACUGAAAGACAUGGAGAAUUGGAGCCUAAAGAUUUUAGAUCUUGUUUCUGUCAACUGCAUGAAUUACAAUGACAUUAAAACCCUCGAAGGCACAAUACUGGAGCAUGUCAAGAAUGAAGAAGUAUUCCCAAAUGUCAUCCAAGUGCUUCCCACGGUCUAUAAACAAGUAGAAGCUGCAAUUGUGGAUAUUGUGCAAAAAAAUGAAGAGACAGCAGAGCAUGGUAUGAUCGAUCUCAGUCUCUUACAUACUGAGCUUUCCCUCCAAGAUCAUCUCAGCCAUUUGGAUAGAGAACUUCUACAGGACAUCCUGAGAUACCUCCACCGAGUUGGACUAAUCGUGUGGUAUGAAGAAAUCAAGCCGCUGGAAGGCAUAGUAUUUUUACGUCCAGCCAUUCUGAUCACCACAUUCAAAACACUUAUCCGGUAUGGCCUGAUACAGCAGCUGGAGAGCAUCGCUGUGGACAUAUUGAUAGGAGAGCAUGCCACCAUCCGAGACCGGACCAACUGGGUAUGGACAUUUAAGUCCAAGGCCAUGCUGUGCCAGAAGGCCAUGAGAGCUUUGCUCAAGCAUCAGCUGUAUCUGGAUGGCCUGAAGGAUGUGUUUGAGGAAAUGGUGGGCAGCAGAUCCCAGAAGGGAAAACUCUUCAGUCUUUUGGAGCAUUUUGAGAUCUGCCUGGAGGUCAGAAACACAGGAGGACUAAAUCCAAAAGCCAGAGUAUUUAUGCCUGGGCAGCCCUGGGAAAUGGUGCAAGGCUGUGAGGAGGUUCACUACUUGUUUCCCACUUAUCUCAACCAGAGUGAGGAGGUUUUAGCAACAUGGGGCGGAGAUCAAGCAGAGGACCUUCAUGUCCGGGUGUAUUUCUCCCCUGAGAUCCCAGAAGGCUUCUUCCAAAGGCUAAUGGUAAAAGCUUGCUCCUUCUUCUCAACUCACUGGGCUGCAAAAGUGGCAUGCCUGCUGAUAUGUAGUGGCAAACCUUUACUGAUCAAAGCAAACAACCAGAAAGGAUAUAGCUAUAUUGAACUCAGGUGCAGAGAACCAGUGGAAAGCGCAGGAUUCCAGUUCUCAUGGGACUUCAUUAUGACAAUACUCUCUGUCAACAAUAAACUCUCGGAGGAGUGGCCUGGGCUCCACCUUUGUGUAAAAGCACCUUGUCGGACUGCUAGAUGUCCUGCAGAAUUUGUUUGGCCAGAUAUGGAUGACAAGAACACGGUGACCAAAGAAGAAAUGAAAACCUGUGGCAUUUGUGCCCAUCAGUUUAAAACUGAACUCCUGUUUCCAAAAGUCUCAAGAAAACCAGAUACACCCCAGCCUCCUGCACACUAUUUUGUCACCAGCUAUGGAAAUGCUACUUUUGGAUCCAGCACAGUUCACGUGGAAACGCAGAACAUUCUGGACAAAGACAGCCGCAAGACAAAUUGGUCAACAUUUUCCUAAAGGAGUGUGUGAUUUAUUUGGAGUGUGCUGAAUAGUUCAGACAUUUUAAUCUAAGAUGUAUUUUUGUCUUAAUGGGGCUCCAAUAAACAGGCUUCUCAGCCAUUGUAGAAGA